AUGGCCUCCGAUAUGAAGGCAACGGUAGAGCCUACCAAGCAGGGCUUCUCCGUCUGCGGCUACGAGAAGAUCGAGUAUGACUUCGAGUUCCUCGACGGCGUCUUCCACAAGGAGAACCGCCAACUGGCGGACUGCUACUCCCGCUGGAAGCGCUGCCUGGCCGUCAUGGACCUUAACAUCUUCAACCUGUAUGGUAAGGAGAUGCAGGAGUACUUUGACCACUACAACAUCGAGCUCAAGAUCCACAAGACCAUGAUUGGAGAGAAGGCCAAGUCUAUGGAGACGCUGCUGAGCAUCGUCGAUUCCAUGACCGAGUUUGGAGUUUUCCGCAAGGAACCCGUCCUCGUUGUUGGAGGUGGUCUCGUCACUGACGUCGCCGGCUUCGCAUGCGCCUCCUACCGCCGCAACACUCCCUACAUCCGCAUUCCCACCACCGUGAUCGGCCUCAUCGACGCCUCCGUCUCCAUCAAGGUCGCUGUCAACUACGGCAACUACAAGAACCGCCUCGGCGCGUACCACGCCCCUUCCCACACAUUCCUCGAUUUCUCUUUCCUGCGCACAUUGCCCACUGCCCAGAUCCGCAAUGGCUUCGCUGAGCUGAUCAAGAUCUCCACCUGCGCACACCUCGAGACGUUCGACCUGCUCGACCGCUUCUGCGAGGAGUUGAUCGGCACGGGCUUCGGCCGCUGCGAUGGAUCCAGCAAGGAGGUCCGCGAGGCCGCGGACAAGAUCAACCGUAACGGUAUUCACGAGAUGUUGAAGCUCGAGACACCAAACUUGCACGAGAUCAUGCUCGACCGUGUCAUCGCCUACGGACACACAUGGUCCCCCCUCCACGAGCUCACACCCGACGUCCCUCUCCGUCACGGACACGCCAUCUCCAUCGACAUGGCUUACUCCGCGACCCUCGCACACGUUCUCGGCAAGCUCUCUUCCGCAGAGCACCGCCGCCUUCUCAACCUCUUCUCCCGCGCCGGCCUGUCCAUGGACCACCCUCAAUUCGAUGAGGCAAUCCUGGACAAGGGUACUGCCGCCAUUCUCAAGACUCGUGACGGUAAGCUGCGGGCCGCUAUCCCGUCGCCUCUGGGCCAGUGCGAGUUCCUCAACGAUGUCUCCUACGAGGACAUGUGCGCCGCUCUGAAGGUGCACAAGGAUCUGAUGAAGGAGUACCCCCGCGAGGGAGCCGGCCUCGAGGCUUUCGUCGACGCCAGCGACACGGGCUACACGCUCAACGGCUGCUGCGAGGAUGUGGAGGACCAGGCCCGGGUACCCAUGAACGGUAUCGAGAAGACCGUCCUCAACGACGAUACCGUAUCGGAUGGUGAAUCGUCUACUGCGGCUUCUUCGUCUUCCGGGCAAGAGUACGGAUUGUCGAACGGCAAGACCCUGGGACCGAAGAGCGCUAUGUACGCUGCUGCUGGCUCUGAGGCGUCGGAGAAGUUGAACGGUGACGUUCGUGUUGAGGAGGUUGCGGUCAAAGGCUCUGCAUGA